CCUGUUAUCUGUCACACUAAGAGAGCUAAGAGAGGAAUCACGAUUAAGUUCUCAGUUGAGAUUCGUUUGGGUUGAAUACCGUUUUAAAUUUUUAGCUCAGCACUCAGUAAUGGUAUUUGCAGUCAUUCGACAUGUUCGGCGCACUGAAUUGGUUAAUCACGGUGCUGGUGGUGAUUUGUGAAGGUCGACAUUGGGAUGCAGACCGAAUGUUAUCAAAUGAACGAAGCACAUUGGAUGAUUGCAGAUCGCGUUUUCAUGAGCUCAUUGCAUCGGGGGCAGCUGCUCCUGCUAAUGGGAAGCCAGCGUUGUUGAAAGAAUUCGCACACAUGGGAGCUAUAGGGUGGACUCAGGAUGAUGGGAAAGUACUGUGGCAUUGUGGAGGCACAUUGAUUUGGAUGGACUACGUUCUGACUGCGGCGCAUUGCGUGGUAGAUCACCGGAAUAUUCGACCGGAUAUUGUCCGGUUCGGCGACUUGAACUUGGAAUCUGACGAUGAUGAUGAAUAUGCCCAGCAGUCUAAGGUUGCUCAGAUAUAUAGACACCCGCAGCAUCGGUUUGGCGUGAAAUACCAUGACAUAGCACUGAUGAAGUUGGAACAGCCUAUCAGGUUGCAUGACACAGUAUGCCCAGCAUGUCUUUGGAUCGAUCCAGAGAUACGUUUUACAGAAUUCGUCGCUACUGGAUGGGGCAGCACUGGUCAUUUUGAGGAUCGCACUCCUUCGCUGCUAAAAGUUUCGCUAAAGCCCUUGGAAUCCUCCAAAUGUACAAAGUUUUAUACUAGUGAACUUGUUCGAGGUUUGAGUGCUGGACUGCAUGAGAACCAUCUGUGCGCUGUCGAUGAGAAGAUGGAUACCUGUGAAGGUGAUUCCGGUGGUCCACUUCAAGUCAAACUGCUACACCACACCCAUCUUACGCCUUACGUAGUGGCUGUCACCUCGUUCGGAUUGCCCUGUGGAUUAUCAAAUCCUGGAGUGUACACUAAAAUAGGUCCGUACCAUGACUGGAUUCUAGCAACUAUGCGACAAAGUGGUGCUGUUAUUGAAGAUGACAUUUUCAACACCACAUUUUGUGCAUUACGAUUCCAGAAAUUUCGUGAACAUAUAUAUACAACGCCUAUCAACAAAACACACGUGUACGAGUUUAAUGGCCUCACUAAGCAUAUAUAUACAGAUGAUCCACCUACAUAUCUUGUUCAGCUAAUGUGGAAUGUUAACGGAGGUCCUCGGAACUGUUAUGGUACAAUCAUUGAUGAAAAUACAGUUCUUACAGUUGCUAAUUGUGUUCAUCAUCAAGGGAUACCAGCUUCAUCUGUCUCACAUCCAGAGGAGGGUGUAUUGAAUAUCUCAAAAAUAAAUGUGCAUCCUAAAUAUAACCCAGAUUACGGCUACCAUAAUAUUGCCAUUUUACGCUUGGAGAAACUGUACAGAUUCAUUAACAUAAGACCAGCUUGCAUUGAUUAUGCCAACGUAUCUUUUGAUCAGCCAAAUGGCGUAUUUGGAUUCGGAAGGAAAGACAUUUACUAUUGUUUUGAUUUCCCAGAGUGUAUAGAUUCAUCGCUGAUACCAUUGAUUGUCUACGUAGAACCAAAGGAUGAGGAAACCUGCAGAUUAUCCAAAGAGUUUGUACCACACUUUCCAGACGGCAUCACUGAUGAACUUAUUUGUGCAGGUACUGAUCGAUUUCUGGUACCCGAAGCAUGUGAUCUGAAGCUUGGAGGCUCAUAUUCAGAGUAUAAUAAAAUUGAUACACGUAGACUUCCAGCCCUAGACAGAACCAUAGUUAUAUUUGGCGACUUGUAUCCUCCACUGGAUGGUUUGGUACAAAUUGGACGGGACUGUGGCUAUGGGGAACAUUUGCUGGCCACACGACUUCGGAGUCAUUUGAAAUGGAUGGAGCGCGUAUUGCUUCCAAAAAGAGCGACGAUAAACUCAGUUCAAUUCCUAGAUCACAGUCGCCGCGUAGGAGAUUCGUGCACUGAUGCCCAUAACCUUCCGGGAAGGUGCACAGCAAUAUCGAGAUGUCAGCGGAAGUGGAAAAAGUUUGAACUCACAAAAGAAGCCACAUUCUGCUCUUCGACUUCGGUGAUCUGUUGCCCUAACGCAGACAUCGAUAAAGACGCCUGGAGCAACAAACACUCGCUUCUUAUGAAGUGUCCAAAACUCGUGAACGCUUUGCUUCCAGAGAACAAUGGUGCACCAAUGGCUCGAAUUUUUGAUAGCUCAAACCGAUAUAUCUGCAUGGGCGCCAUCAUUUCCGAUCGAACAAUACUUACUUCUGCUAGCUGUGUGAACACCGAAACCACUCUUUCUGUUCAACCGCUAGGAAAUCCUAAAAUCACAAUACAAGUUCGACAAGUUGUGAAACACAGCUCCUUCAACACAACUGAUUACAGUAACGAUAUCGCUAUCCUGCGAUUACCACAAUCCAUGGUCUGGAAUCCUCAGCUUCAUCCAGCAUGCCUGUGGAACAACCAAACUCAUUCUCCACUUAUAGUUGAAAUGCUACAACCAUUCAAUACAACCGACGACACCGACAUCGAGUAUAUCGAGCUGCUAACGAUGUACAACUCGGACUGUCAAAGAACACAUGCCCACCCGAUUCGAGAUUCGCACAUUUGCGUCAAAUAUCCAUAUCGGGAGUACACGUGUCUUCCGUCGCACAGUAUGCUCCGAUGGGAAGAUGCGGAAGGUGUUCCAUACUUGAUUGGCCUGUCAACGGAUACCAGAGAGUGUAUGGGGUGGUCCUACAUGACCUUCUCACGGGUUACGGCUUUCGUCGAUUGGAUUGUGGACAACAUAGAUGAUAAGGAGAUCAGACGAUCUUUUAAUGUGUAAAGGCUUAUUAAAAAUCAAGUGUAGUUUCAGACUUACAGAUUCAACCAUAUGUUUCAUUUCAAAGGGAUGGAAAUCACCGAACUUUUCUCGAAACAAUAUUGAACAAGUAAUCGUUGCAAACGAUUAUCCGACUGUGAUUUACGGCUAGGUUCUGAGGAAUUUCUUGUUUAACCCUUGCCAUGCAUGACCCAA